AUGAUCAUUGAUAUUGAAGAAAUCGCAACCUGUUACCCCCACCCUUGCGAGAAACUUGUACCACAGCAUGAUCUUGUAGACGAGUCUGUGGAACUGGAGUUAUGGUCAGUACAUAGAUAUGGGUCUCUGCACCGUGGAUAUGGGUCUCUGUACCAUGAAUAUGAGUCUCUGUACCAUGGAUAUAAGUCUCUGAACCAUGGAUUUGGGUCUCUGUACCAUGAAUAUGAGUCUCUGUACCAUGGAUAUAAGUCUCUGAACCAUGGAUUUGGGUCUCUGCACCGUGGAUAUGGGUCUUUGCACUGUGGAUAUGGGUCUCUGAACCAUGGAUAUGGGUCUCUGCACUAUGGAUAUGGGUCUCUGCACCAUGGAUAUGAGUCUCUGUACCAUGGAUAUGAGUCUCUGCACCUUGGAUAUGAGUCUCUGCAUCAUGGAUAUGAGUCUCUGCACCAUGGAUAUGAGCCUCUGCACCAUGGAUAUGAGUCUCUGUACCGUGUAUAUGAGUCUCUGUACCAUGGAUAUGAGUCUCUGCACCAUGGAUAUGAGCCUCUGCACCAUGGAUAUGAGUCUCUGCACCUUGGAUAUGAGUCUCUGAACCAUGGAUUUGGGUCUCUGCACCGUGGAUAUGGGUCUUUGCACUGUGGAUAUUGGUCUCUGAACCAUGGAUAUGGGUCUCUGCACUAUGGAUAUGGGUCUCUGCACCAUGGAUAUGAGUCUCUGUACCAUGGAUAUGAGUCUCUGCACCUUGGAUAUGAGUCUCUGCAUCAUGGAUAUGAGUCUCUGCACCAUGGAUAUGAGCCUCUGCACCAUGGAUAUGAGUCUCUGUACCGUGUAUAUGAGUCUCUGUACCAUGGAUAUGAGUCUCUGCACCAUGGAUAUGAGCCUCUGCACCAUGGAUAUGAGUCUCUGCACCUUGGAUAUGAGUCUCUGCACCAUGGAUAUGAGUCUCUGUACCGUGUAUAUGAGUCUCUGCACCAUGGAUAUGAGUCUCUGCACCAUGGAUAUGAGCCUCUGCACCAUGGAUAUGAGUCUCUGUACCGUGUAUAUGAGUCUCUGUACCAUGGAUAUGAGUCUCUGCACCAUGGAUAUGAGUCUCUGCACCAUGGAUAUGAGUCUCUGCACCAUGGAUAUGAGUCUCUGUACCAUGGAUAUGGGUCUCUGCACCAUGGAUAUGAGUCUCUGCACCAUGGAUAUGAGUCUCUAUCCUGA